UCUCGUCGAAGUCGACUUCAUCAAUUCAGCUCUCAACAACCAGCGUUCGCAUCCAAGCAGGUCUUCUGUUCUACCUUCUAUAUACCCUCAGCUUUAAUCACUUUCAACUUUUUUUCCCUUGGCAACAUGCAUUUCUUUCAGCCUUCCAUCCUCUCUUUUGGCCUUCUGGCUACUUCCUCGCUUGUGGCAGGCCACAGCGCUAUCAUUGCCGCAACAGGUGAUCAGGGUGGUGCUGGCUCGGCCAUCGGCGUUGACCCCAACACUCCCCGCGAUGGCACGAGGCGCAACCCUUUCCAACAAGAUGCUACGCGUUUCCGAGGCAAUGCCGCUGAUUCCUGCGGUGAGACGCUUGCAGGAGGCGAUAACGACAUCGAAGCUGGCACCCAGCAAGUCAUGGCCCAGAAUGGCAAUACUCUCCCGCAGGUCUCGCCGGGAGGGUCCAUCCAGAUGACCGUCCACCAAGUCAACGCCGACGGCGCUGGUCCCUACACUUGCAUGAUCGACGCUACUGGAACUGGCACCAACUGGGUCCCAAUACAAGUUACUACCAAUAUUGAAGGGAGCGCGAGGGGCCGCAACCGAGAGACGAAUACCCAGGAUUUGCCUUUGACGGCUGCCAUUCCUGCUGAUAUGCAGUGCACUGGCACAGUUGCUGGACAGCAGAAUGUCUGCAUGGUUCGCUGCCAGAAUCCCGCUCGUGCUGGGCCGUUCGGCGGAUGCGUCCCGGUGCAGAUGGCCGCUCCCGCAAACAACACCGGAAAUGCUGCAAAUGCUGGGAAUGCUGCAAAUGCUGGGAAUGCUGCAAAUGCUGGGAAUGCUGCAAACGCUGGAAAUGCUGCAAACGCUGGGAAUAUUGAGAACAACGGAAACGCUGCCAACGCCGGGAACGGGAACGCUGUCGCAAACGCGGGAAAUCUUAACGCUGGCAACGCCGCCAAUACUGUCAAUACGGGCAACUCUCCCACCAAUGCAGCUACCAACGGUAAUCGCAACGGUAACGCUAACGCCGUCGCCAACCCGAACAACAACAAUCGCUCCGCCAAGCAGACUGCCGAUGGCGCCCUCGUGACCGAUGACGACGAGGAAGAAGAGGUUGGGCUCACUCAGAGACUCAGGCGCUGGAUCCCGGCUUCUGCUCGCAAAUAGGCGUGCUUCCCUCCAAGUCGAACCUACCGGUCCCGCAAGAAAACAGAAAGCAGUGGAGGGGCUAGGAUCAUGAUGAUGGUUGGAGUCCGUUUAUAAAAUUGAC